GUUGCUGCGCUCGUACCCGCGUGAAGGAGGUCGGGGGUCUCGAUUCCCUGGGACUGCUUGGAGCGUCCGCCAUGAGAAGAAGUGAGGUACUCGCAGAGGAGUCCAUUGUAUGUCUCCAGAAAGCCCUAAAUCACCUUCGGGAAAUAUGGGAAUUGAUCGGGAUUCCAGAGGACCAGAGGUUACAAAGAACUGAGGUUGUAAAGAAGCAUAUCAAGGAUCUUCUGGAUAUGAUGAUUGCUGAAGAAGAGAGCCUGAAGGAAAGGCUUAUCAAAAGCAUAUCCAUCUGCCAAAAAGAGUUGAACACCCUGUGCAGUGAGUUACAUGUUGAGCCAUUUCAGGAAGAAGGAGAAACAACUAUCUUGCAACUAGAAAAAGAUUUGCGCACUCAGGUAGAAUUGAUGCGAAAACAGAAAAAGGAGAGAAAACAGGAACUGAAGCUACUUCAAGAACAAGAUCAAGAAUUGUGUGAAAUUCUUUGCAUGCCCCACUAUGACAUUGAUAAUACUUCUGUUCCCACUUUAGAAGAACUGAACCAGUUCAGACAACAUGUGGCAACACUGAGGGAAACAAAGGCAUCUAGGCGUGAAGAGUUUGUCAACAUAAAGAGACAGAUCAUACUGUGUAUGGAAGAAUUAGAUCACACACCGGACACAAGCUUUGAAAGAGAUGUGGUGUGUGAAGAUGAAGAUGCCUUUUGUUUGUCUUUGGAGAAUAUUGCAACACUACAAAAGUUGCUGCGGCAGCUGGAAAUGCAAAAAUCACAAAAUGAAGCAGUGUGUGAGGGACUUCGUGCUCAAAUCCGGGAACUCUGGGACAGGUUGCAGAUACCUGAAGAAGAGAGAGAAGCUGUGGCAAUGGUUAUGACUGGGUCAAAAGCCAAGGUCAGGAAAGCGCUGCAAUUAGAAGUGGAUCGGCUCGAAGAACUGAAAAUGCAAAACAUGAAGAAAGUGAUUGAGGCAAUUCGAGUAGAGCUGGCUCAGUAUUGGGACCAGUGUUUUUAUAGCCAGGAGCAGAGACGAGCUUUUGCCCCUUACUAUGCUGAGGACUACACAGAAAAUCUGCUCCAACUACAUGAUGCUGAGAUUGUGCGGUUAAGAAACUACUAUGAAGUUCAUAAAGAACUCUUUGAAGGUGUCCAGAAAUGGGAAGAGAGCUGGAAGCUUUUCUUAGAGUUUGAGAGAAAAGCUUCAGAUCCAAGUCGAUUUGUAAACCGAGGAGGAAACCUUCUAAAAGAAGAAAAGCAGCGAGCCAAGCUCCAGAAAACACUCCCUAAGCUGGAAGAAGAGUUGAAGGCACGGAUUGAAAUGUGGGAACAGGAGCAGUCAAAAACAUUUGAGGUGAAUGGGCAGAAAUUCAUGGAGUAUGUGGCAGAACAAUGGGAGAUGCAUCGACUGGAGAAAGAGAGAGCCAAGCAGGAAAGACAACUAAAGAACAAGAAGCAAACAGAGGCAGAGAUGCUCUAUGGCAGUGCUCCCCGGACACCCAGCAAGCGGCGAGUACUGGCUCCCAACACACCAGGCAAAGUGCGGAAGCUGAACACUACUACCAUGUCCAAUGCUACAGCCAAUAGUAGCAUUAGGCCCGUCUUUGGGGGGACAGUCUACCGCUCCCCUGUGUCUCGACUUCCUCCUUCUGGCAGCAAGCCAGUGGUCAGUUCCACUUGUUCUGGAAAGAAAACACCCCGUGCCGGUAGGCAUAGAGCCAACAAAGAGAACUUGGAGUUGAAUGGCAGCAUCCUGAGUGGUGGGUACCCUGACUCGACCCCUCUCCAGCGCAACUUCAGCAUUAAUUCUGUUGCCAGCACCUAUUCUGAGUUUGCGAAGGAUCCGUCCCACUCUGACAGCUCCACUUUUGGGCUUCAGCGAGAACUUUCAAAGGCUUCCAAAUCUGAAGCUACUUCUCGAAUCCUCAAUUCAACCAACAUCCACGCCUGAGAAACCCUGACCAGCCAGCCACUGUGGCUUCCUGUGCAUAGAUUGGACUUAUUAUACAGGGGUGGCUCUAGUUUUUCUUUAAAUGCGCUUAAAACCCUGGACAGGUUCUGUUACCUUGGGCCUAAUUUAAAGACAUGAACAAGAGUGACAUUGAAAGUCUGUUAUGGGUUUAGUGAGUCCAUAGAGAGUUGCUUUUAUUUUUCUGACUCAAGAAAUAUUUUAAAACUUAGUUUAUAGCUGUAAGUACAAACAUUGGCAUCUGGGACCUAAUUUCUUUCUCUACUCCAGGAUUCUACUUUUCAAAGCACGAUCACCAUUGUAUAGAAAAUAAUUGACUAGGCCCAACCUUGGGGGAUGAGAAAUGAAGUAAUUUUGGCAUGUAUACUUGUAAUUAGCAAUUAACAUUGUUUUUUGUCUAGGGGUGUUCAGUUAAUGAUGUAGCUAUGAUAGCUUUGCUCUCACCAGAAGGCCUGUCCCCACCAAUCAGGACAGCCUCCCUCCCAAUGAGGAUGUCUGUGUGUCAGCAUUUGAGGUGGCCUGAUACAGUGCCAAAGAUGACAGAGAGGCUGGGAGCACCUUUGUUAAAUUGUACAGUGUGUGAUAUAUACAGUGCAAUCUGUUUGUGGGUGUGUGUGAGUGACACACAUGCUUUUCUGGACUGUUUCUUCAGAAUUCUCUCUGGGUCCACUGUGCCCCAUUGUGCCCAAGUUCUUCUAUCCCUGCAGCUGCCAGCCCAGUUGGGAGGCCAUCUGGGUAGGUUGGGUCAUUUCUGUUGUGGAGAUGAGCAGCUUUGCACAUGUCACCACUGGGGACGUUUUCCUGCUAUAGCUUCCACAGAUGAGGCUCCUUCUUUACCUACCCUCAACAUCACUACUGCACUUCCCGGAGCACUAUUAUUUAUUCUUACUGUCUGCCUGCGCCAGUACUACUGUUGACACAUUAAAUGGUUCUCAAAAGCUUACCAGUGUGGACUUGGUCUAUAGGUGUAAGCCAUGCUGUUAGUCAUGUCCUGUUUUUAAAAUAUAAAUAUAUUCUUAAAAAUAAAUUAAAAUGUGUGUAGUUACCUUUCAAAAA